UCGCUCAUCAGCUCUCUGGGUUUUCAUCAAUUGAAGUUCUUGAAAGAGGUUGAAUCUUCAGCUUGUUGGCUUAAUUCUAGGCUAAUCCAAUCCUCCGAUGGAUGUUUUCAACUCAAAUGGCUAAAAGAGUUGCUUCCGUUCUAUUUAUAAACAGGUUGUCUUUUUACACUACAACUACAAAGUUAGAGAAGCUAUUCUCUCCAUUUGGUUCAAUUGAAGAAGUAAGGCUUAUCAAAGACCCGAGGACUCAACGGCCUAAAGGUUUUGGUUUUGUCAAAUUCUCUUCGGAAAUAGAUGCUCAAAAUGCUUUGAAGUCUAUGAAUUGCAGGAUAGUGGAUGGACGUUUGAUUUUCGUAGAGUUUGCAAAAUCUACAAAACUUGAUAACACAACUUCCUGAACAUUAAAUAACUUCUUCUCCAGCUAGAUAUAUAUUGAAAACUAGACCUACAUCAGCAAGUAUGGGAGACCUAAUGGCAUUUUCACAGUCGUCUUUGCUACUAUUACCUCAGUCUCGACUCUGCACUUCAAGGCGAGGACAUUUUGUCAGUCGCAGCCAGGCAUCACUAGCUGUAAUUCCACCAAUGUGUUUCUUAUCGGUGAAAAAUCCUGCUUACGCCGCCAGAAAACAAAAAUCGUUCAAGACUAUAACCGGUGUUGUUUCAGACUCUAAGGUGCCAACCACCUUCACCGUUGAUUCAGCCGGUGGAGGCAUUGACAUACUGCCAGACUCUGGUGGUUCCGACGACAAUUUUGGUGGAGUAAGUGGCAACGGCGGCGGUGGAGGAGGCGGCGGCGGCGGUGAUGGUGGUAAUGAUGACAAGGACGAUGAAAGCGAGGGCCACGAG